AUGGCUACUCCACAGUCAGACAAUAGUACAGCUUCUACGAACCAGCCCCCACCCUCUGUUCUGUAUACAGCUCCAGAUCCAGGUGGGAAUAUAUACAGUGCUUCAUUUACCCACAACUACGGCCUCGGCAGCACAGCAUUCACGAUUCAAUCACGUCCCUUCAUCCAGUACACCACAGCCCCAAACCCAUUCGGGCACCUCCACCCGGCUCCUUCAAUGACCCCAAUCAUUUCACAAUUCUAUACAUUGAAUUUUCAGAGUAAUGGAACAAUGGCACUUCCGGAUCAAGUAGAGUAUCAUGAAGCCCAGACGAUGAGGCCAUCGGAUCAUGGAACGCCACCAGUUGGCAUUGGUGGACUUGCUCAGCAGCAUCCAGCAGAAUUUCGGAAUGUUACCCCUCCGUCAAUGACUGUCGGCUCGGCAAUCCCAGAAGCACAAGGGGUAUAUGUCUCAACGCCGCCAAAUCAUCGGGCUAUGAUCAGGAAUCCUAUUUGCAUACCACCAAAUGAAUUACCGCCUCAAGCGGGUGAUAACGCCUAUUUCAACAUUCAGCUUAUUGUUGCCUGCGAUGACAAUAGAAGCAUAAGUCGCAGCACGAUGCCAUUGUUUGUUUUGAAGUUUCCUAUCAAAAUGCCCGUGCCGCUUGAGGAAAAGGGAGAACAACCGGUUGCCGCGUUACGAAGAUUCAUUAGUGAUCGAGGUACCAUUUCACGUUUGAUCUCUGAGGUGCAAAGAUUAUUUGAACCACAUAUCUUGCACGGAUUGGCCAAGCUUAUGGAACAAGGUGGCCCAAAAGCCAAUCCACUAGCUCUCGGAGUGGACAACGCGCCGUCGUUGCUCAUGUGCGCCCAAUGCAAUGUGCGCCGGGCUAGAACCUUUGCUCAUGAAGCAAUAUUUCAAAUCGAGCCGACAGCUGUUGAUGAGUUUUGUUCCGGGUUUUUCAAUGACGAAAUCCCGACGAUUUGGAACCUGGUUGUUCCAGCUUGCUUCCCCAGCACUCGUUGCCCUCGCAUUUCGCCUCAGAAAAUGAACACUACCGCGGCUCCUGCCAAGUUUGCUGGAAGAAGUUGUGGCAAGGUGUCUAUAAUUUCGAGCUGUGCGAUUCCUUGGGGCUGUAGCCCGAAAAAGUCAACAGGUUCAACAGCUAGCUACAAGAAGCAGGGACAUGGGCCUUCUAAGCAGAGACAUGGGCCUUCUAAGCAGAGCCACGGGAAUACAUCAUAG